AUGAGUAAACAACGGAAGCAAGACAUUGAAAACAGAAAAGAUCAAGCAAGAGGUUACUUAAUUUCAGGCGAAAACUCUUUGGAGGUACGACAUGAUGAGCUUCAAGUUGAGGUCGUAACUUCUGAAAUGCUUACAAAUCCAUUUAAAAUGAAUAUUGCCUCAGCACCACCUGUUACUACAACUGUAGCAAUUUCAUUGCCAACUAAAUAUGAUGUCAUCAGGAAGUUUACCCUGAACAGCCAGCAACAGUUUGCAUUCAUGAUUAUUAAUGGUCAUCUAGAUGACGACAACCAAUUUCAUACUGGUACUGUUGACAACCAAUUACUAAUGUGUGUGCCUGGUUGUGGUGGUACUGGAAAGUGUCAAUUAAUUCGUGCAAUUACGAAUUAUUUCCAAAUGACAAAGAGAGGAAUAAUGUUGCGUAAAGUGGCACCAACAUCUAUAGCGGCAGCAGAGAUUGAUCGAUUAGCAAUACACUCAUUUUUAGGUGAAAGUCGCAAAAAUUCAAAAAAAGACAAACUACACUGA